AGAAAGGGCAAUCGCACCAUUUUCGGACGACGGAUGGGAUCCUCAGAGCACCGACGCCUGCUGGGGCCUGCGCCUCUGAGCGACCGCUGCCCCGCCGAUGUGAGCGGCCCAUGGAGCUCCGUUUUCUUCUCGUGGCUCACGCCGCUGCUCAACCUUGGCAACGCCCGCCCGCUCGAGUUUGACGACCUCUUCCUCCUCAACCCCGCCGACCGCGCCACGACCGCCGCCAGCGUCUUCCAUGCACAGUGGGCCCUCGAGCGUGCACAGUCGUCAUCGCCCAAGCUCUGGCGCGCCUUUUCCCGCGGGUACUCGCGACCGGUCAUCGUCGCGGCCGUCCUCAAGGUCUUGCAUCUGGCGUUCCAGUUCAUUGGGCCCAUCUUGAUCAAGCACCUCGUCGCAUACCUUGGCGAUCCGUCGGGUCCGCUGCGCAUUGGGUUGUACUACACGCUCGCUGUGUUUGCCUCUGGGAUUUUGCAGUCGCUGGCGCUGCGGCAGUACUACUACGUUUGCUACGAGGUCGGGCUGCGGCUGCGGUCGGCUGUCGUUAUGGCCGUCUACGACAAGGCGCUCGUUCUCGCCUCGACAGCAUCGACGGGCGAAGUCGCGACGCUUAUCAGUGUCGAUGCGACGCGGCUCCAGGAAAUUGUCAACUCGGCGCACAGCUUGUGGUACACGCCGUUGCAGAUCGCCGUCACGAGCGUCCUCAUGUACAACGAGCUCGGCGUCGCGUUCCUUGGCGGCGUCGGUGUCCUCUGCGUGCUCGUUCCGAUGACGUCGGCCAUGACAAGCUACAUGCGCACGUGCCAAGGGCCGCUCAUGGCGGUCAAGGACUCGCGUUUGAAGGCAAUUCUCGAAGUUCUCACCGGCAUCAAGGUGCUCAAGCUUCAGGCCUGGGAAACGUCGUUCGUUGCUCGCAUUCUCAACUACCGCGAGAGCGAGCUCGCACAGCUGCGUCGGUACGUCACUGCCAAGGCGUAUGGCUACACCAUCUUCAACGCCGUGCCGUCCGUCGUCACGAUCGCCGCAUUUGGCUUGUACGUCUACCUCGGCCACUCGCUGGACCUCGGCACGGCGCUGACCAGCAUCGCGCUCUUUGAGAACGUUCGAUACCCGCUCAUCAACUUUCCGGCAGCCAUCACGGCGCUUCUUGAGGCCCAAGUGAGCUUCGACCGCCUCGAAGCUUUUCUCCAUCGCGCCGAGUACGUGCCCGUGACGCCCGGUCCACUCACGUCGCCCGGCAUCCUCCUCGAGUCGGCAGCAUUCACCUACGAAGAGGAGGCCACCGACGACGCUGUCGUUCUGCGCAACAUUUCGCUUCAGCUACCGCAGUCGUCGCUCGUUGCUGUCGUUGGCCGCGUCGGCGCCGGCAAGUCGUCGCUCAUUCAAGCCGUCCUGGGUAACGUCAAGUGCAUUCGCGGCUCGGUGCACCUCAACGGGUCGGUGGCGUACGUGAGCCAGCAGCCGUUCAUCCAGAACGCUACACUCCGCGACAACAUCACCUUUGGUCUCCCGUUUGAGCACGCCAAGUACCAGAACGCCAUUCGCGUCAGCUCGCUCGCGGCUGACCUCAAGAUCCUCCCGGGCGGCGACCUCACCGAGAUUGGCGAGAAGGGCAUCAACCUCAGCGGCGGUCAGCGUACGCGCGUGGCGAUUGCCCGUGCGGUGUACCAGGACGCUGAUAUUUACCUCUUGGACGACCCGCUGGCGGCCGUCGACAGCCACGUGGGGUCGGAUAUUUUCAAGCAGUGCAUCCAGACGGCGCUCAAGGGCAAGCUCGUCGUGCUGGUGACGAACGGUCUUCAGUUUUUGAAGGACUGCGACGCCGUCGUGGUCCUCGCCGACGGCAAGGUGGCCGAGCACGGCACCUUUGCCGACCUCGUCGCGAUCGAGAACGGGGUCCUCGCGACACUCAUGCAGAGCGUCCAGCAGGCGCCGGCCGAGGAAGUGUACGACGUGGCCACGACGCCUGAGGCCGAGGUGGUCGAGGACGUGGACGGCGCGGUUGCGGUCGAUAUGGAGAAGCGCCGGCGAACGUCGUCGGCGCGCAGCGACAUUGAGAACGACCGCGGCGCCGAGGGCAAUCUGAUUGUCGACGAGGACCGCGCGACGGGCGACGUGCCGUGGGCCACCUACAAGGUCUGGAUCCGCGCGUGCGGCGGCUUUGGCGUGGCGUUCUGGGUGGUCUUUUUCUACAUUCUCUCGCAGGUCGUCAACAUUGGCUCGACGUUCUGGCUCUCGUACUGGUCGGAGCAGGCCGGGUCGUCGCAGUCGGACCAGCUCUACUACUUUUGGAUCUUUACGGCCAUGAACGCCGGCUACACGCUCACGCUGUACGUGCGCAUCAUGGCGCUCUACCUCGCCGCUCCUCGCCCAAGUGCUGCGCGCGCCCAUGUCGUUUUUGAUACGACGCCGCUCGGCCGCAUCGUCAACCGCCUCUCGAAAGACGUCUAUGCGAUCGACGAGUCGAUCCCGGCCAACUGGGGCAUGCUCUUUGGCACGCUCUUCUCGGUCAUCUCGACGCUCGCGACCAUCGUGUACGUGACGCCGUACUUCUCGGUCGUGCUUCUCCCGCUCGGCUACAUGUACUACCGGUCGCAGCGCUUCUUCGUCAAGACGUCGCGCGAGCUCCAGCGCCUCGACUCGAUCUCGCGGUCGCCGAUUUACGCGCUCUUGACCGAGACGCUCGAGGGCAUUGCGACCAUCCGGGCGUUUGGCGCCGAGACGCAGUUUGCCGCCCGCAACGAAGAGCUUCUCGACCGCAACCAGCGCGCGUAUUUUUUGAAUUUCUCGGCCAACUGCUGGCUCGCGCUCCGCCUCGAGUUUGCGGGCACGGUCGUCGCCACGGCCGCUGCCUUGUUUGCCGUCUUUGGCCACGAGGCCGACAACAGCGUUGCAUUUGCGGGUCUGGCCGGCGUCUCGCUCUCGUACGCCUUCUCGGUCACCCAGUCGCUCAACUGGUCGGUGCGCAUGCUCUCGACGAUCCAGACGCAGAUGGUCUCGGUCGAGCGUGUGCACAAUUACUGCAUCAUGGACACGGAAGCCGAGCUCUACGCGCCGCAGCAGGUCCAAGCGCAGCUCCAAGCCCAAGGCUGGCCCAGCCGCGGCCAGGUGACGUUUGAGAAUGUCGACCUGCGCUACCGCCCGGGUCUCCCCCGCGUCCUUCGCGGCCUCACCUUUUCGAUCCACGCCAAGGAAAAGGUCGGCAUCGUUGGCCGCACGGGUGCUGGCAAAUCGAGUCUUGUCGUUGCUUUGAUGCGCAUCGUCGAGCCGUCGCGCGGCCGCAUCUUGCUUGACGGCGUCGACGUGGCGACCAUUGGGCUCCAUGACCUCCGCGACCAGAUCUCGAUCAUCCCGCAAGACCCGGUGCUGUUUUCGGGCUCGGUGCGCUCCAACUUGGAUCCGUUUUCGCGCUACGACGACGCGGCGCUCUGGACAGCCAUCAAGCGCGCGCACCUCGACUCGGCGGUCACGUCGCUCGACGACAAGGUCGACGAACGCGGCAUGAACUUUAGCGUCGGCGAGCGACAGCUGAUUUGCAUUGCGCGUGCGCUCCUGAAGAAGUCCAAGGUGAUUCUCAUGGACGAAGCGACCGCGUCGAUUGACGCCAACACGGACCGGCUCAUCCAGCAGAGCAUCCGCGACGAGUUUGUCGACUGCACGACCUUGACGAUCGCCCACCGCAUCAACACGAUCUUGGACUGCGACCGCAUUCUGGUCAUGGACAAGGGCGGCGCGGCCGAGUUUGACACGCCGAGCGAGCUGCUCAAGAACCCGAAGGGCCUCUUUACCAACCUCGUCGACCACUGGCGCGACGGCGACGAGUAG